AUGCAAACUACAUAUGAUGUCGACAUUUUUUCAGAAGAAUUGUAUCUCUUCUGGAUAAUUUUUCUUCUCUUUCAAGCAACAGCUUAUUUACUAAAAAAAUCUGUUGGAACACUGACGGCGAAAAAAAAUUUACCAAUUUUCACUCAAAAAUUAAUUUUGUAUUUCGCGGAUCAAAUAGGUAUGCCAGCAUUUAUUGAUUUCGCUUCAAUUCGGUAG